GGUUUCCUGUGUGUCAGAAUGUGUGUGUGUCUUUGUGUGUGAGUUUGUGUAUGUGUGUGUGUGUGUGUGUGCAUGUCAGAGUGUGUGUGCGGAUGGUUCAGCAGUGAGUCUCCAGCUGCGCAGCGGAGUGGAGCGCACUGCUCAGCGGACUCGUCGCCCUCGUUCCACGGCGGGUUUCCUCUACGCCUUUCCCCGUGAAGGAGAGUCUUUGGACAGCAGGACGCAGAAACAUGGAGGCACAGUUCGGCCCUUUAUCUGUCCGGGGAGUCCUAUCUUUCUUGUUCCUCACAGUGCUGCUGGAGAACGGGACUCUCGGUAUGCACCGUUUUUUAGGUCGGGAGCAGCUUUGUAAGUUCUGUGAUGUGGAGCCUUCCUCCUGCAAUGGUACGGGAACCUGCACGACCAACUGCUCCAUCACAGCCAUCUGUCCGGACAUCAACGAGGUCUGUGUCUCUAUCUGGAGGAAGAAUGAGACCGGCUUCUUCAUUGAAACUCUGUGUCAUGACCCGUCCACGCCUCUCUAUGGGGUUCUGCUGGAUGACUACAACAGCUCCACCUGUGUGAUGAAGGAGAAGAACACGACGAGCGGGAUGGCUCACUUCUGCUCCUGUAACAAUGAGGAGUGUAACGACAACCUCUUAUUCUCCCCCAUUGUGGAUCCAACUCCGGAUGAUCCCUUGGUGUUGGUGAUUCUGGUUAGCCUGCUUCCCCUGCUGGUGAUGGGCAUUGUGGUUGUGGGAAUGUUCUUCUGGUACCGAGCCUACCGACGACGCCUGAACCAAGAAUGGGAGAGCAGCAAAAAGAAGCGCAAGCCAAAAGCUGGUGGGCUGGACUGCAGUGAUGCCUGCGCCAUCAUGAUGGAUGACGAUCGGUCCGACAGCAGCUCGACGCAUGCCAACAACCUGAACCACAACACUGAGCCACUGCCAAUAGAGCUGGAUCUGCUAGUGGGAAAGGGUCGCUUUGCCCAGGUAUACAAGGCUAAGCUGAAGCAGACCACCUCGGAUCAGUUUGAAAUAGUAGCUGUGAAGAUAUUCCCGUAUGAGGAGUACGCCUCCUGGAAGAAUGAGAAGGACAUCUUCUCCAACACAGAUCUCCGGCACGAGAACGUCCUCCACUUCCUGACAGCUGAGGAGAGGAAGAUAGAGAAACAGUACUGGCUCAUCACUGACUACCACCAAAGAGGAAAUCUACAGGAGCACCUGACGCAUAAUGUGAUCAGCUGGGAGGAGCUGCAGGUGAUGAGCAUGUCUCUUGCCCGAGGUGUCGCCCACCUCCACAGUGACCGUCUCCUCUGUGGACGCCUUAAGGUGCCCAUAGUCCAUCGAGACCUGAAGAGCUCCAACAUCCUGGUGAAGAACGACCUGACGCUGUGCCUCUGUGACUUUGGCCUAGGACUCCGUUUAGACAGCACUCUGUCUGUGGAUGACCUGGCCAACAGUGGACAGGUGGGUACGGCGCGUUACAUGGCUCCGGAGGUGCUGGAGGCCCGGCUAAAUCUCGAGAACACAGAGUCCUUCAAACAGACCGACAUUUACUCCAUGGCCCUUGUGCUUUGGGAAAUGACGUCGAGGUGUGAAGCUAUUGGAGAGGUGAAGGACUACGAGCCUGCGUACGGCUCUAAAGUGCGAGAGCACCCCUGUGUGGAGAGCAUGAAGGACAACGUGCUGAGAGACAGAGGAAGACCAGAGAUCCCUGACACCUGGCUCAGGCAUCAGGGCGUGGCGGUGAUCUGUGCGACCAUCAUGGAAUGCUGGGACCACGACCCAGAGGCCCGACUCACCGCCCACUGCGUCGCCGAACGCAUCUCCGAGUUGGAGGACGAGAUGGACAAACUGUCCAGCCGCAGCUCCUCAGCAGAGAAGAUCCCUGCGGAGCUGAAGAUCCCGAUAGAGGUGGAGAUCCCGGGAGAGGAGGUGAAAAUCACAGAAAUACAGGACAUCAUAGCUGUGGACUGCUCCGUGAGCGAUGAGAAGUGAGACAAAGUUUUACAUCUUCGUGGACUCUGUGGGAGAUUUUUCUGCUUUGAUGAAAUUGAAGACUCGGCCGUGGUGUUCUGGAGCUGAGCUCCUGCAUCCAAAGACUUUGAAUUGAGUCCCUGACCGUGUCAUAUCAUAUUCUAGCCCGGCAAAGUGGGUCUCUGGGUGAGGCUUUUGGUCUUCACCACUUCUAAAAUUUAACAAAUUGCCUUAAUCAGCUAAAGAACCAAAAAGAGCCAAAAAGUUAACUGGAAGCUUCAAAAGAUGUGCUGAACAUGGAGACAGUAUUUCGUUAAUGGUCAAACAGGCUUUCUAGGUCACUGUCUUUAUGAGAAAUGAACAGGGCAAUAACUAUUAAACCAAAGACAUUUGAUGUGCACUUUACAAUGUGAUACUUAUGCAUUACAGACUUUUGUUCAUGCAGUCUAACAUUUUGGAGUUAAGGGCAGUUUGUACCUAAAGUGUCUUUGUGUGUCUCACUUUGAGCCAAAGUGUCAGCAGAGAUAUUGCCUUAACACUAAUGAUGCUGUGGACUUCAUCCUCGCCAGCAGGAAUCCAAAGGAAUGUAUGAGUGUGUGUGUGUGUGUGUGUGUGUGUGUGUGUGUGUGUGUGUGUGUGUGUGUUUGUGUGUGUGUGUGUGUUUUACCGUGUUGUUUUUACCCAGCUAUACUCAAACCUUGUUUGCCAGAUGAACAAGCACAAUGUACAUAGAGACAAUAACUGUACAUAAGAGACUAAUCAACCAACAGGGGAAUGUAAUCCAACUACUUAUCUUUCAAUAUUGACAGGGAACUAAGGAGUGUGCCAACGUUUUUUUUUUACCCUGCCUUACAUACAGUUUGUGUCAUUUGUAAAAUAUUGUAAAUCUUAUAUGAAUUAAAGAUAUUUCUGCAUUCUA